CGCGGUGGUGUGUGUCAGCCCGCGUACGGUGAAACGAGCUCAGCCCGCCGUGGCAAUUGCUUCGUGUCGUGCUUCGCGGGUUCGAAGUGUUUUGGCGGGCUCUUCUAAACGAAUCGCGCGGACGGCAGCGGAACAAUCUUCCCGCCACCGUCGUUUCUUAUUCAGCCAUCGCCUUCUCUCUGCUCGCUGUUCUCCCGCCUUCCCUUUUCCCGCCUUCCUACCGUCUUCACGGCUUAGUGAGCGGUCGACUCGUUUUUUUUAAUUGCGAGCUCGUUAUCUGCGGUCUUUGUUCUUGUCGUUCUCCUUCCUUCUUCUUUUUUUCUCUCUCGGAUUUUUCGACGCGAAGGUUGGCGAGAGAGAGAGAGGAAAGGACAGCCUGGUUGGUUCGUUGCGGCGAUGGCCACGCUGACGGAAAAGCAAGUCGCUGAUUUCAAGGAGGCGUUCAGUCUGUUCGACAGAGAUCGUGAUGGGAGCAUAUCGACUAAGGAAGUGGGGACAGUGAUGCGUGCUCUAGGGUUGAAUCCGACGGAAGCGGAUCUGUCGGACAUGGUGAAAAUGUAUGGAGACCAAGGGAAAACUGCCCUCAAUUGCGACGAUUUUUUGGACCUCAUGUCCAAGAAUCUGAAAGAGCAGUCGGAGGACGAUUUGAAGUCGGCUUUCAGGGUGUUUGACAAGGACAAUGAUGGAUUGAUCGCUGCGGACGAGCUGAGGCACAUUAUGACCAGUUUGGGAGAAGUUCUGAGCGCGGAGGAAGUGGAUGAGAUGAUGAAAGAAGCUGAUGGCAAGGGGACCGGUCAGAUCCAGUACGAGGACUUCGUGAAAAUCAUGAUGCAGCGAUGAACAAGCAGCAGGGUUGCAAACGGGGACACACGGUUCCAGCGUGCGUGCGUGCCUCUUUUUAAGUGCGCGUGCGCUUUUACCUCUUCUUCUUAACUGCGCGCAAGUGUUUCUGUUGUUUGCAUUUAUCCAGAGGGAUAGGCAGCGUUAGAUAAUUGGACAGAUAGAGGAAUCGCUUCGUGUGAGUGUGUAGACGUGCGUGUCUGCGUGUCUGCGUGUGUGCAUGUAUGUGUUCGUGUGUGUAUGUGUUCGUGUGUGUAUGUGUUCGUCUGUGGGGUGUGUGUGUGUGUGUGUGUGUGUGUGUGUGUGUGUGUGAGAGAGAGAGAGAGAGAGAGAGAGAGAGAGAGAGAGAGA